GCGGCAGCAGGUGGUUCGGGCGAAGAGGUAGUGAGGGUGGAAGAUGGUUUGGAGAAUCGGUAGCAGCGGCGGUGACGGCGCAAGGCUCUGCUCACUCACCCGUAUAUCAUUACUUCCUGUCUUUAACCAAGAAGUAACCUGUUUUUUACCCUCUGCGCAUGCUUUCCACAUGUGCAGAGAGUCCAAAAUUGCAUUUCCGGAGAAGUAGGGAAGCUCAUCUUCAUCACUUCACCACCAUGGCUUUCUGUGGACCUUCCUGUGCCGUCCCCUCUUGUGCCUCAGCCCCAACUGUUGGGUUUGGAUCUGCCGGUUUGGGAGGCCUGGCCCCCAGAAGCUUGGGUCUCUCCCCCUCCCCCUUCGGUGAGUCUUCAAGCAGCUUGGGCACCUUGGAGGGCAUCAUCCCUUCCUGCAUCAACCAGAUCCCAGCAUCUGAGGUGACCAUCCAGCCACCUGCAGUUGUGGUCACCAUCCCUGGUCCCAUCCUGUCCGCCAGCUGUGAUCCCGUCGCUGUUGGAGGCUACAACCCAUGUGCUCCUGGUGGUUUUGGCCAAGGGUUGCCCACCAGUCUUCUAGGAGGGGGUCUGCUGGGGUCUCGUCCUGGUCGCCGUUAUAACUUCAUCGGGAAAAGGGGCAGCAUCUGCUAUUCUCCUUGUUAAACUCAUCUGAGCGGCCAACAAAAGGAUGAGUAGAAGAUUGGCGGGCCCUGAAUUCUGACCAGGGUCUGCGUAUAUCAUUCCAGACUCUGUUUUUCAAUCUUGAUUUCACGAUCUUUUCUGAUUUAUUAACGCAGCUCGGGAACCGAGCCUCUAAAAUCUUUACGCUUUCAAAAUAAUCCUUUCCGUUGAAUUGGAGCUGAAUUACCAUGGAGACAAUGCAGAAUGUUCUACAGAUAUGAAUUGUCUCCCAUUCUCAACCCGACAGAUUUGUAAAGGCAAAAGUGGUUUGCUUGUUUUCUUGUCCUUCAUCUGCGCAAAAACCUGUUGGCUGCCGUUUGUUCACACUCUUUCUUAAUAAAAAUUUCCUUGGCAUCGUAA